AGUUUUUAAUAGGCCUAAAACUAUGGCGACUCAACGUAGCCAAAGAAUUAUAAUUCUUUCUGUGGUCGCAGUUGCAAUUAGUCUGGGCAUCGGAGUGAUCAUCGGUUAUUUUGGUAGGGGUGGUGGUUCGAGUCCACAAACACCGGAAGCUGAUACAAGGGCGAGUAAAAUGAUAAUGGAUGAAAUAAAGGCGGAGAAUAUUGAGCAAAAUUUAAUGAAAUUGACUGCAAAACCACAUAUAGCCGGAAGAGAUGUCGAUGAGGUCGAGCUCGUAGAAUUUGUAGCAAACAGUUGGCGAGAUUCUGGCCUAACUGUUGAAAUCCAUCCAUAUAACGUAUUGCUGUCUUAUCCAAAUCAAGAAGAUUCAAAUUCCCUUGCAAUAAGAUUAACUAAUGGAACUCUUGUUAGUAAAAGUCACCCAACCGAAGCUAUAUUGGAUCCCUCACAAGAUAAACCAGGUGUGGUCAAUCCGUUCAAUGCUUAUGCCGCAAAAGGUGAUCCAGAGGGGGACAUUGUGUACGUAAAUUAUGGUACAAUCCAGGACUUCAUCUUCAUCAACAGAACUAAGUCUAUCGAUCUUACUGGAAAAAUCUGCAUAGCUCGUUAUGGAAAAAUAUUCAGAGGAGAUAAAGCAUUACACGCCGGACAAUACAAUUGUGCAGGAUUAAUAUUAUAUUCCGAUCCGGCGGAUUAUGCAGUGGCGGGACAAGGAGUCUAUCCGGAUACUUGGUUUUUGCCAGGAACUGGGGCACAACGUGGGACAUUAUUCAAAGAUGAAGGAGAUCCUCUCACUAUGCAUUAUCCAUCUAUUGAGACUGCGUGGAGAAUAAACGAAACAGAUGCGAAUCUUCCGAAAAUCCCCGUGACACCUGUUGGAUAUGAUGACGCAAUAAUGUACCUGAUGCAUAUGGGAGGCGAAGAAGUGGAAGCAAGUUGGAGAGGAGGUUUGAAUAUAACAUAUAAAUACGGACCUGGGUUCCAAGGAAAGCAUAACACAAGUAAGAUGUCAAUGCAUGUCACAACCACAAAUGAAAGAAAAACAGCUCAUAAUGUUAUCGGUUAUAUUCGAGGAACUGUUGAACCUGAUCGAUACGUACUCUUCGGAAACCAUCGAGAUGCAUGGGUGUUUGGUGCCAUGGAUCCGUCAUCAGGAACUGCUGCUAUGCUGGAAGUUUCCAGAGCAAUUGGUGCGGCCGCAAAGAAUGGAUGGAAACCGCGUCGAACAAUUGUAUUCUGCAGCUGGGGAGCUGAGGAAUAUGGAUUAAUCGGAUCUUCUGAAUGGGUUGAAGAAUUUCAGAAAGUUUUGGGUUCACGAUCAAUUGCAUACAUUAAUGCUGAUACGCUUGUUCGUGGAGGAUAUAGUUUUAAUGCUGGCGGUUCUCCAAGUAUUAAGAAUGCAGUUUUUGAAGCAGCAAAACUCGUGACUAAUCCAAACCCAAAUGAAAUAUCCAUGGGAAGAAAAACUGUAUACGAUACAUGGGCUUAUACAAAUGGAGGGAACGAACCUGGAUUUUCAACUCUUGGAUCAGGUAGUGACUACACGAUGUUCUUGCAGCUCACUGGCACCACAGUAAUGAAUGCAAAUUACAUAUUUGAUCCGAGAAUUGGUAUCUCCGGCUAUCCAGUGUACCAUUCCGUGUAUGAAACAUUCGAUUUUGUUAAAAAGUUUGUGGAUCCAAAUUUCCUCAAUCAUCAAGCAGCGGCAAGAGUUCUAGCGGAAUUGACACGAAAUUUAGCGGAUUCGCCAGUUUUACCUCUAAGCGCUGUAGAUUAUGCAACAAAAAUGAAUGCCGAUAAAAACGCAAUGCUGAAUAUUUUUAAACAAAAUCUGACUGAUCAUUGCAUGGAUCCAACAUUACUCGACGACGCCGUCGCAAACUUUACCACAGCAGCAACAAAUCUUCAUAAAAGAAUUAACAAUCUCGAUCUGACAGAUGCACUAGCCGUGAGAGCAAUCAAUGAUCAACUUAUGCAACUUGAACAAGCAUUCAUCGAUAAACAAGGAAUAGAAGGAAGGAGCCAGUUUAGUCACGUGAUAUACGCUCCAAGUCUCCACAAUACGUAUGGAGGAGCAGCAUUCCCUGGACUUGUUGACUCGAUGUUUGAAAUCAACGCUGACCCAGAUCGAGAUGCAAGAUGGGAAAAGGUCCGUCGGCAAUAUGCUAUCCUCCUAUACCACAUCGGUUCGGCGUCAUCGACACUGAGAGAUGUUGUACCAAUCAAGGGAUAUUCAAACGUUUAGUGAAACUAAAACGAGUUGACUCAAUGUAAUUUUGUGAUAUAUAUUUGUAAAAUGAUUCCCAAAUGAAUCUACAUAAAAUUUAAAAGGUAAUCCCGUAGUAUGUGAACCCAGAUCACGGACACCGGAACGUAGUAUGUGUACCAGGUUAAGGUUAGGCCUUAAAGCAACUGUUGAUAACCUUAAGCACUGAAUCCCUUCAGCAGGCCUAAGUAUACACAGUGAAAUAGAAAAUUAGAGAGGAUAACUUUUGCUGAAUCCAUAUUGAUUGACAUAAGAUAGAUAGAAACCUAAUAGCAUUUUAAAAGCAGAAACGGAUAUUGAAACUAAUUUUAAAACCUGAUCAGAAGCUCUU